AUGUCUGACAUAAAACUGGAAAAAUUUUGUUCAACCAAUCGUUCAAUGGGUGAACGUCCGCCAGACUAUCCAAACGGCUGGAUACCGGUGCUCGAGUCCCAGGACCUGAAACCCAAUCAAACUAAACCUGUAUCGGCUUUCGGCUACGAGCUGGUAGUAUUCAGGGGACCGUCGGGUGCCGUACACGUUAUCGAUGCAUUUUGUCCACAUUUGGGCGCCCACUUGGGCAUAGCCGCCAAAGUCGGCAAAGGUCGGUGCGGUAACGAUUGUAUUACCUGUCCGUUUCAUGGCUGGCAGUUCAGGGCUAGCGAUGGUCAGUGUACUUUGAUUCCCAAUCUUAACGAUAAUGAAAUCAAUACAAUCAAUGCUAAGCUAACUGUUUGGCGUUGCAUUGAACGCAACGAUGUUAUCUAUGUCUGGCAUCACUAUGACGGCGCCGAUCCGCACUGGGAGCCCGAUAUUAUUAGCCAGAUUGAGGACAAACAGUGGCAGUGUGUGGCCCGUACUGAGUAUUCAAUUGAUUGUCAUAUUCAGGAAAUUGAGGAAAAUUGGACAGAUAUGGCCCAUUUCCCGGCCGUACAUGUACCACUAUUCUACCCGUACGACCAACUAAGCUGGUGGCAGGACCUACUGCAGCGUAGCAUAUCGUUUAACAUACGUACCAAUUGGACCACGGUCAACGAACCCGAACCGUACAAUGCUAUGGCAUCUAUCGAUGCUCUGACCACUGUUUUCGGUUACGAUACCUGGGCAAUGAAUUUCCAAUUCAAACAGGUAGGUCCGGCAACGUUGGUUAUCAGCUACGAAAGUCCAUUGGCCGGUGGUGUYUCGGGUGCACUCAUACAGUAUGUCAAUCCGGUAGCACCUAAUAAACUGAGAUUUAUUUUACGAAACUACUGUAGCCAGGGWUUCAGGUCACGUAUAUUUGCCAAAGUGCUCAACUAUUUUGAAUUGUUUAUGAUUGAACGUGAUAUGAUUAUAUGGAAUAAUAAACGUUUUAUAAAAACUGCCCGCUACACAAAACUGGACCGACCUAUUGUCAAAUUUCGCCGAUGGUAUAGUCAAUUUUAUGCCGAUAAAAAUUAUAAUGUUUUAGACUGGUAG